CCUCUCGCUCUCUUUUGUAGAAAUCCCAUCCUUGCUAGCUUUCAUCUCAAUUUGAGGUGUUACUCUUAUCAUCCUCUUCAGUCUCUCCCAAGAGCUGAAUCUUCAGAUCAUGAUGUGUUUGUGCAUGACCUCUCCUUUGUCAAAAAGAACAGUAAUAUUACAAGGUUUCACAGCAUCCACCAGUCUCGUUGCAUCUCGUUCAGUCGUGCGCCCACGUGGUGGACUUGUUUGGCGGAGAUGCUAGUUUCCUCACCCUCACCUUCCGCCGCCCUUCGCCCAUCCCCUCGGGCCUCAGGCUCCUCUCCUUCAAUCCCCCAACCUCCACUUUCUCCUUGUUCACCCUUUUCUCGUCGUCCGUCGUCCUCCACUUCGGCCGCCGCCGCUGCUUUCGCCUACCAUAAUCAGCAUUAUGAGCCUGCCGCCAACCUCGCUACUGUGCCCAAUACUACCACGGGCCACUAUACGUCGCACUCGUCCCGUAUCGCCAUUGAGGAGCUCCGGUCGGCUCUAAAAAGACACACCGUUUCCCGCUCCCCCACUGUGCCCUCAGGGGAUCCUCCCUGCGGCCAUAUGUCCGCUGGGCAGUCGUCCCUUGGGGGCGGGAUUAGCGCCGCUCCCCUUGUUGAUCCUGCUGCUGCUUCUGUCCCCGAAUCGUCCUCCGAUCCCCCUACCAAUAACAGUUUUCCUCCUGUCUCUUCCGAUCCUCCCUCCGCUCCUCCCCUUACUUCUUCUAAUUCUGCUCCUGUGUCUGCCCCCAAACAGACUUCAUUGGCCACUUCUUCAAUGCCAGCUCCUACUACUACUACCACCACCGCCACCACUACCAGUACCACCACCAGCUCAGCGUCCAACAAGCGUAACAGCCCAAAUGGUCCUGUCAACAGCGGUGCGACUGUAGGAGGGCUGGUGGGCUCGGACCUGGAAGGCUCCCAAUCGAAGCGAUUGCGCCCUGCUAAGCCCGAGGUUAAGAAUCUUCCCACACGCUAUGAACUGGUCGACACCAGGGAUCUGGUCGUCCUUAUUUCAAGCAUGCUGAUGGAACUCAUCCGAUUCAACGACAAGAUCCCCCUGCAUCAAGGUCGGCUGACUCGAUUUCACUCGCGUACCCCACCUCGAAUCUCCGUCCAGGACUACCUCCAACGUCUUACCACCCACGCCACCCUUUCGCCUCCAAUCCUCCUGAGCAUGGUAUAUUACAUUGACCGGCUCUGUGCACUCUAUCCUGCAUUUACAGUCUCCAGUCUUACCAUCCAUCGUUUUCUCAUCACCAGUGCCACCGUGGCCUCAAAGGGGCUCAGUGAUAGCUUUUGGACCAACAAAACAUACUCGAGGGUUGGCGGAAUCAGCAUGAACGAACUGGCUCUCUUAGAGCUUGAGUUCCUUUUCCGUGUCGAAUGGCGUAUCGUCCCCCAACCAGAAGUGCUGGAUGACUACUAUCAGAGCCUGGUGGAAAGGUGCGAAGGGUUUGAAAUUCAUGCAGAUACUUGAGCUUCAGGUAAUUCUGUGGUUGUCUUUUCUUUUCUGUUCUUCUGUUUUCUUUAUGCUCCCAAUUGGUGUUGGAAAAAAAAAAAAAAAAAAAAAAAAAA